CUGUAAGGCAGCUUAAAGGCUCCCAGUCGUUUUUAGCAGUGUUCACACAGUGAGGGUUUAUCCAGUGAGUAAUCCAUGGGGAACAGAGCGUCUGAGCUGUCUACCUCCGAGUGCGAGGCGGGGAGCUACGCUGCAGCGGCGUGGACCAUGUAGUGUGGCAGAGCGCUCUCGAUGGAGGGGACCACGCCGAGGGCCGCGCAGGACAAGCCACUGAAGCGGGUCAGGUUCCGCGUGGCCUCAGGGAACAGCGGCCGGGUGCUAAAGGAGAUUUUCAAGGAUGAGGGGCCUUCAGAUUCCCUGGAUUCAGACUGUACCAGCAGCUCGGACGCUGAGCGGGCCAGCACGCCGUCUACGAGCGGAGAGGUACAUGGAAACCUGUUUGGGUCUCUGGGCUCGGAGCUGGACGACAGCGAGUGUGAGCCGGAUGAUCUGCUCCGGUAUGCGGGCGCCACAAAGGACUGGACCUUCACCACCAAGAGGGUCAACAUCCUCAGUAAGAACGGGACUGUGAGAGGGGUGAAGCACAAAGUCAGCGCAGGUCUGACUCUGUUUGAAAACCUUCCAAGUUCAAACAAUGUGGAGGUGUCUCUGGAAUGCGGGCGGAUCGUGAUCUACACCACGAGUUUCCGUGUGGUGAGGACGACCUUCGAGCGCUGUGAACUCGUGCGUAAGAUCUUCCAGAACCACCGAGUGAAGUUUGCGGAGAAGAACAUCGCCCUGGACAUCGAGUACGGGAAGGAUCUGGAGGAGCGCUGCAAACGUGUGGGAGAGCCUCCUUCAUUACCGGUGGUGUUCAUCGACGGUCACUACCUGGGGGGGGCGGAGAAAAUACUCGGCAUGAACGAAUCAGGAGAACUUCAGGACCUGUUGACUAAAAUAGAGAGGGUCCAGCAUCCCCAGACGUGCCAGACCUGUGGGGGCUUCGCCUUCGUCCCGUGCCCAACGUGCCAUGGCAGCAAGAUGUCCGUGUUUCGAAACUGCUUCACGGAUUCCUUCAAAGCCCUCAAGUGUACUUCCUGUAACGAGAACGGUCUGCGUCCCUGUUCGAGCUGCAGCCAGUGACCAUGUUCUCUCCAUCGCUAAGCGUGACGCAGCUCAGCAGGACUCCUCUUUCAACGCCAUGAACAAAGAGAUUCG